UAUAACUUGGGCGUCUGUUGCACUGAGAGUAAAAAACUAGGAGCACCUACAAUCACUUGGUCAACCCUCACAGAACUGAGUUUGAACAGAGGAAACGACUUGCGCCAAUAACAAUGGGUGAAAUGGGGGAUCCAGUCCAACUGAAAGAGGAAGGCAACAAACACUUCCAGGCAGGAGAACUUGACAAAGCCACUGAGUGUUAUACCAAAGCCCUUAAAGUCUGUAAAGACAACAAAGUGCAGGCCAUCAUCUACAGAAACAGAUCAGCUUGUUUCCUGAGAAAGGAAAACUAUACCAACGCAGCUUCAGAUGCCUCCAAAGCCAUAGAUGUGGAUUCCUCGGAUAUAAAAGCACUGUACAGACGUUGCCAAGCACUGGAGAAACUGGGGAAACUGGACAUGGCCUUCAAGGACGUCCAGAGAUGUGCAACACUGGAGCCUAAAAACAAGACCUUUCUGGAAACUCUCAGGAGACUUGGAGCUGAGAUCCAACAGAAGUUGAAGACCACUUUCUCAACAGACUCCAGAGUCCAGGGCAUGUUUGACAUUCUGCUCAGUGAUGAGGCAGAUAAAGACAAGAAAGAAAAGGCGGCUAACAACCUUACUGUCCUGGCUCGAGAAGAUGCAGGCUCAGAGAGAAUCUUCCAGAAUAAUGGAACAGCUCUGCUCAUGAAGCUGCUUGAGACCAGAGAAGUCGAGAUGAUUCUGGGUGCUGUCCGAACCCUGUCAGGAAUGUGCACUGGCCACCGAGCACGGGCCAGUGCUAUCAUCAACAUGGUGGGGGUUGACAAGCUGUGCAGUAUUAUGGCCAUGGACAACGAGGAGAUCGCCCUGGCAACCUGCAACUUGUUCCAGUGUGUCUACGACUCCUUAACUGGGGGAGACACCAGAAUUUAUGGCAAAGAGGAGGCCCUCGUGCUGGACACAAACAGGGAUCUGAAGACCAUUCUGCUUGCACUGCUUGAGAUGAUUGGCAGUAAGAAGGUGUCAGGACAUGGGAGAGACCAGGCUCUCAACCUACUGAGCAAGAAUGUGCCCAGGAAGGACAAAAGGAAUACUGAUAACUCCAAGACCCUGUUCACUAUUGAUAAUGGCUUGAGAAAGAUCCUGAAGGUUUGUGGUCAGAUGCCAGAUCUGCCCAAUCAGUUGCCCCUGACAGAGAACACACAGCUUAUUGCUAGCGUGCUCCUGAACAAGCUCUACGAUGACCUCCGAUGUGAUCCUGAGAGGGACAACUUUAGGGAUAUCUGUGAUGACUACAUCAAGAGUAAGUUUGAUCCAAAUGAUAUGGACAAGAACAUCCAUGCCAUCAAUGCCCUGUCAGGGCUGCUUCAGGGGCCCUUUGAUGUGGGCAACAUUAUUGUGGGUCGUCAAGGUGUGAUGGAGAUUAUGGUAGCUUUGUGUGGUUCCGAGCGUGAGGUAGACCAGCUAGUGGCUAUUGAAGCCAUCAUCCAUGCUUCCACCAAAAUGAGCAGAGCUUCCUUCAUCAUUUCCAAUGGAGUUUCUCUGCUCAAGGACAUCUACAAGAAGACCAAAAAUGAGAAGAUCAAGAUCAGGGCACUUGUGGGCUUGUGUAAACUGGGCUCAGCUGGAGGUGAUGAUUACAGCAUGAGGCAAUUUGCUGAAGGCUCCACUGAGAAACUGGCCAAACAGUGCAGAAAAUGGUUGUGCAACCCCACCCUUGAUGUUCGCACGAGGAAAUGGGCAAUUGAGGGUUUGGCAUAUCUGACCAAUGAUGCCGAUGUAAAGGAUGACUUUGUUGAAGAUGAGCCAGCCAUGAAAGCCAUGUUUGAGCUUGCCAAGUCCAAAGACAAGACCAUCCUGUAUGCUGUUGCCUGUACACUGGUGAAUUGCACCAACAGCUAUGACAAGAAGGAGAUCAUCCCUGAGAUGGUGCAGCUGGCCAAGUUCUCCAAGCAGCACGUGCCAGAGCAGCACCCCAAGGACAAGAAGGAUUUUAUUCAGAAAAGAGUUAAAAAGCUCUUGAAGGCUGGAGUGACAUCAGCACUUGCAGUCAUGGUCAAAGCUGACAGCUCAGUCCUGACUGAUCAAACCAAAGAGAUGCUUGCAAGGGUCUUCCUGGCCUUGGCAGAAGACGCAAAGGAUCGUGGUGCAAUUGUUGCCCAAGGCGGUGGAAAGGCUCUAAUACCUUUAGCUCUGGAGGGAACUGAAACAGGGAAAAUAAAGGCCUCCCAUGCACUGGCUAAGAUUGCUGCAGUCUCCAAUCCUGAGAUUGCCUUCCCUGGAGAGAGGGUAUAUGAAGUUGUACGUCCCUUGGUUAAUCUACUGAACACAGAGAGAGAUGGUAUCCAAAACUACGAAGCCCUGAUGGGACUCACUAAUUUCGCUGCCCUGAGUGACAAGCUUCGAGUGAAGAUCCUGAAGGAGAGAGCUCUUCCAGAGAUUGAGAACUACAUGUUUGAGGAGCACGACCAAAUCCGACAGGCUGCUGUCGAGUGCAUGUGUAAUCUAGUGUGCUGCAAAGAGGUUCAGGAGAGGUAUCUUGAGGAUGGCAAUGACAAGCUGAAGCUUCUUGUGCUCCUUUGCGGUGAAGAUGAUGAGAACAUACAGAUAGCAGCAGCUGGUGCACUGGCUAUGCUCACUGCAGCACAGAAAAAGCUUUCUGUCAAGAUGACCAAAGUGACUGAGCAAUGGCUGGAGAUCAUGCAGAGAUUGUGUCUCCAUGACAACCCUCAAAUCCAACACCGGGGCUUUGUGACUGUGUUCAACAUGCUGGAUUCUGAUGAAGUGGCCAAGAGAUUGAUUGAAAGCGAGAUGCUGGAGAUCAUGUCCUAUUUUGCCAAGCAAGAGGACAACGCCAAGAGGCAGGCGUGCAUCGAUGCAGCACGGGCCUGUGUGUCCAAAGCCAUGGAUCUUGGACUUAUCAAGCCCUUCACACAAUAAGUCAGUGCGAAGCCCUGAAAUUAGUAGCGAUAAAAAGAGGCCCUCUGAAAUUGCUCUACUUUCUGGGAAAGUAGAGCUCUACUUUCUACUCUUUUCCCUCUGUAUGUAAUAAUAAUAUGACUGGACUGAGAGAUAUGAAUCAUUCGUGUGUGUUUCGUAGUUGUUUUUUUUUUUGCUAUAUGAUUUCUGUUUCCAUGUGAUUUACACUGUACCUUCAUGAAAAUAUAGUUUGUUUGUUUUUUGGCGGGG